AUUCGGUUGGAAGCAACAAACAUCAGAGCAAAGCAAAGCAGCCCAGGCCUUGGACGUUUGGACAGUGCACGGAUCUCGAACUUGAAUUGAAUUGAAAAAUGAAUUAUACCAAAGCGGUGCUCACCUGCCUUGUGCUUCUGCAUGGAAUCUUCGGACUGGAGUCCAUCUACCAGUACGGCGAUGCUGCCCAGCUGGAUGAACGGGACAGCGGGCCGUUCCUCUCCAAACUGUACAUGGAUUCGGGCGAGGCGGCGGCGGUGGCGGCGGCGGCGGCGGGUGGUGGGGGCGAGGCGAGUUGCGGUAACGAAUCUCCGAAGGGGAAGCAAUGCGGCAACUUUGACAAGGGCAAUCCCAAGUCCAAGGCGUCCAACAUCGCCCAGAAGGCCGCGCAAGAAGCAAAGGCAGCCAGCGAUUCCCAAAUGGCAGCAGCCGAGGCAGCGGCCACUCAGGUCAAAUCGGAGCUGGCCGAGAGAGCAGCACAGUCGGCCCGUGCAGCCGAAGCAGCGCUCGCGGGCAAGCAGCAGAUUGUCGAGCAGUUGGAGCAGGAGUUGGCCGAGGCGGAGGCCGUCGUCACUGAGGUGACGUCCUCGCUGCAGAACACCCAGGCCAACAACAUUGCCGCAGCAGCUGCGGCCGCCGACUCGCAGACUCAGGUGGAGCAUAUUAAGCUUCUGCUGCAAGCCGCCACAUCAAAUCUGGCCAAUAUUGAGGGCGUGUCCCAGGGCGCACAGACGGAGCUGUCGGAGAAGACCCAACUGCUAGAAGCGGCCAAGAACCGGGUCCAGAGUCUCAACAAGCAGAUGACGGAAGCCAAGUCGGACUUUGAGAAGACCAAGCAGGCAGCAUACAAAGCGGCCUGUGCCGCCGUCGAGGCCAAAAAGAAGGCGCAAAGGAUGCGACGAAUGGCCGCCUACCGGCAGUGGAUGAUCGGGCAGCCAGGAAAGUACCCCCGAGGAGGGGCCAAGAUGUAGACGGGGCUCACGUGGUUCAGCCAUUUAUAUAUUUUCUUAGUUUGUGUUUUGUUAAGCCCCAUUUCAUUUUUAUAUUUUGGUA